AGCCAGAGUUAGUAUUGAAACUGCUCAGUAUAAAGUAGCAUUGUUACUGUAAAAGGUAGCAGCUAAUCUUGUCUGUUUUUUUGUGCGUUAAAUAUUUUUUUAAAAAUCGUCUUGUAUAUUUGUCGCUAUGGAAACAAAGUGCUUUGCGGUUAUUUUCUUGACUGUUUCAGUCAUUUAUGGCGUUAAAUCGGCUGCAAUCAAAAGCGCCGAACACGAUGCAAUGCAUCCACAAUCAUUUCUGUUUAAUUCACCGAAUGAAAACAGUGCCGGUAGACAACGACGAGCUGUAAUGCCACCGAUAACAUUUACUGCACCGAUGCUGGAAAAGGAUGGUGAUUACUGGAAUAAUUUGGGACAAGACAUAUUGAAAGUGCAACUGCAAAAGAAUGUACUAAACAAAAAUGUUGCCAAAAAUAUAAUUAUGUUUUUGGGCGAUGGGAUGUCCAUACCGACACUAGCUGCAACAAGAAUUUACAUGGGCGGUGAAGAGAAAGUGUUAUCGUUCGAGAAAUUUCCAUACAACGGAUUGUCGAAGACAUAUUGUGCUUCAACUCAAGUUGCUGACUCGGCGUGUUCGGCAACUGCCUAUUUGGGUGGAAUAAAAGCAAAUUAUGCAACCAUUGGCCUAACAGCAGCAGUCGCUUUAGGCGAUUGUCGUGGUGAAAAUAAUACGGCUCAUCAUGUUCAUUCGAUAGCGAAAUGGGCUCAAGACUAUGGAAUGUCCACAGGUCUUGUUACCACCACACAGGUAACGCAUGCAUCGCCAGCAGGUGUGUAUGCCCAUACCGCCAACCGUAAUUGGGAGAGUAAUCAAAUACUACUGGACGAUGGUGGCGAUCCAGAAGUUUGUACAGACAUUGCCAAACAAUUAGUGAACGGACAAGUUGGAAAAAAAUUAAAAGUUGUAAUGGGUGGCGGGCGUCAAGAGUUUCUACCAACAUACGAACAGGACUGCGAAGGACGUAGUGGGAAACGAACAGACGGCAUCGAUUUAAUUAAGCGCUGGAAACAUAAACACCAAAAACACAAUGCAGCUUAUGUUCAAACAAAGGACGAACUCUUAAAUAUAUCCCAGGACACCGAUUAUGUUUUGGGAUUAUUCGAUUCAUCUCAUAUGCCAUACAAUAUUGACUCAGAUCAUGCCGUCAAGCCAACAUUGGCGGAAAUGGUGGGAAAGGCUUUGGAUGUUUUGGAAAAGGAUCAAAAAGGAUAUUUCCUUUUCGUUGAAGGUGGCAAAAUCGACCAUGCACAUCAUUCAGCCCUUGCGCAACGGGCCUUCGAUGAGACCGUUGAAUUCGCUAAAGCAGUCGAAUUGGCACGCCAACGUACCAGUGAAGAAAAUACAUUAAUUGUUGUCACAUCGGAUCAUUCACACACAAUGUCCAUAGCUGGUUAUUCGAGUCGAGGAAAUGAUAUUCUUGGCAUCGGCAAUGGAUUGAAGGCCGACGAUAAUCUACCAUACGCGACAAUCAGUUAUGCUAACGGUCCGGGUCAUAGUCUUAAUGUAAACCAACAAGGGCGUACGGAUUUGUUGAAAACGAAUAUGCGCGAUGGGAAGUACACGUUUCCGGCAACGGUGCCAUUGAAGGAGGCUACACAUGGUGGUGAUGACGUUGCAGUGUUUGCAAGUGGUCCAUGGGCACAUAUUUUCACCGGCACCUAUGAACAGAAUUACAUUCCGCAUGCAAUGGCUUAUGCCGCCUGUAUAGGCAAAGGACUGACCGCAUGCCAUCCGAGUUGAUUUGUAUGCAAAAUGGUGUGCGCGUAAACUUAAUUGAUUUAUUUAUUUAUUUAUUGAAUACCGAGUAAUUGUUAUGUAGUAGGAUAUAUGCGAAUAUUAGUUUAAAUAAGUUUUUAUUUGUUAUCGAUGUUACUAAGUGUGAGGUUAAUGAAUACUGCCAUCAAAAUUAAUUGAGAAGUAAAAUGCUUGCUCCAUAAA